CGGGAAUGGAGCCCGAGCUAUAACUUGUUCUACAUAAGAUGAUCCAUCUACAGCAUCCACUGAUUGUAUCUUAUGCACGUGAAGGCCCUACUGUUCGACGUAUUCGGCACUGUAGUGGACUGGCAGUCCACCGCGGUGCGGGUCCUGUCCGAGUCCGGUCCUCCCUCUGAAGAUUAUACAGCCUUUGCGCAGGAAUGGAGAAAGGGCUACGGGACCAGAACACGCCAGACAGCCAAGGACGGCGAGGGGACUCUGAACGUCGACGUCAUGCACCGGCAGAUACUGGACGAGAUGCUCGGCUCCCCGAAGUGGGCCCACCUCGGGAAGCUCUGGGACGAGGACAAACGCGCAGAGCUGACCCUUCUCUGGCACAAGCUCGACGGCUGGCCGGACGCCACCGAGGGCCUGUACGCGCUCAAGAAGCGCUUCAUCAUCGCGACGCUGUCGAACGGAAACGUUAGGCUGCUGGUGGACAUGGCUAAGCACGCCGAUCUCCCCUGGGACGCGGUAUUCUCCGGAGAACUCCUGGGGUCGUACAAGCCGAACCCCAAAACCUACCUAGGCGCAGCUCACCUCCUCGCCCUCGAGCCGUCCCAGAUCGCGAUGGUCGCCGCGCACAUCGAAGACCUGCGCGCCGCCGCGAGUUUUGGGCUUAAGACGAUCUACGUCCGCCGGUCUACAGAGGACACGCCGGAGGACAAGGCGAGCGCGAGGAGCAAGGACGAGGGCGGGGAGGUGGAUAUGGUGGUUGAUUCGUUUCUGGAGAUUAUUCCGGCGCUGGAGAGGAAGGGGGGAAAGGUGUAGUACACUCGAGUAGCGUGUAAGGUAUCAUGAAAGGUGAAGUGCAUAGGGAUGCGAGGUACGUGCACGCCAUAAAGUGCCCGCACAUUUGUUG